ACAUAAUCAAAUUUAUCGCAUUUCACCGUACAGUAAUUAAAUCUAUUUAAAUAUAUAACAUCACAUAUAUUUAUGACAUUUACUUUCACAUGAUUUCCUAGUAUCGAAUAAAAGCUUAAGCCUACUGUGUACCUAUACUUUAAUACUCAUAAGUAAUAAGUGAAAAUAUAUAAUUUAAAUUUAAUCUCGUCCAUUUUUGAAGUGACCGUUGAUCAGUCAGUGUCUAGUGAAAUAUAAUUAAAUAUAUAAAUAUAUAUACUAUAGUUACUUAUUCAAGUAGUUUGAUAAAUAAAUAAUUUGUAAAUAAUCGAUUUUAUUUACUGAUUUGUGUAACAAAAAUGAAGGUAAAAAAUGUGCCAAUUAAAAAAGUACGAACGAAAGAAUUUAGUAGAUUUAUUUCCGGGCCAACAAAAUGGGACGGAAAUAAAUUUUGUAAUUUAAUUUAUAACAAAUAUAAUGGAUGUAAACAAUAUCUAUGUGAAAAUAAGAAUAAUCAAUACGUACCGAAACAGUAUUAUGCAACAGAACAAUCUAAUAAUCACCAGGAUAAAGAAAAAUCUGUGGAUUCAUUUCAAGAAUUUCCACUAUUUGUUCCCAAACAAUGUGUAAGCAAUGUGGCCAAACAAAGUGAGCCAUUGGAUUUAUCUGUCAUCACAAGUCUAGAUUGUUCGACAAACAAGACUCUCCAUGAUUUUAACAGAAACAAUGACACACUUAAUAAUAAUACCGAACAAUAUAGUAACAUUGUAUCUGAACACAGUGAACCAUUAGACUUAUCCUUAAAGAAUGUACAAAGUUGUUCAAGUUUCAAUAACUUAGGUCAUCGGAGUAUAUAUCAUACAAGAAGAGGAGUGAGCGAACAAAACAAUCUAGGAAACAAUUAUGUGCAAACAAAACAAACAAUAAAUUACUUAACCAGACGAUGCAACAAACAAUCGAACAAUGCGAAACAAUAUGUCAACUGUCAUAAUCAUUUGUUUGUUGAUGAUAAUACAGACAAUGUAAUUGAACAAACAAUGGAACAGCGAACUAAUAAACCUGUCGAACAAUGCGAACAAAGAUACAAAGCUCUGUACCUCUAUAAAAUAUUUACCGAAUUAUUUCCGACAAACUUUGAAAAUUUUGACGGCUUGACAGUUAACAAUAUUAACGUGAACAAUAUCAAUAUAAACAAUAUGAAUAAUGUCGCGGAUCCUAGUGGAAACAAAGUUUGUUUUGAUGAAAAAUUAAAUUGUUUGUAUUGCAAAAAAUUUUUUUGGACUUCUUGGGAGUUAAAAAAACACAUUGCUGUCACUUUUGUUCGGAACAAUCUGACAAACAAAUUUCAUUGUUGCGCAUGUGUGAAGAUGUUUGCGCAGAAACGGUAUCUGCAAUACCAUCAGCGCACUCAUUUAGAUGGUAUUAAAUUUUCGUGUGCAUUUUGUAGCAGGAAAUACACAAGAUCAGAUAAUUUAGCAAGACACAAUAAUUUUCAUAUCAAUCCAAACAAAUUUUCUUGUUUGUACUGUGAUAAAAAGUUUGUACGUAAGGAUUUGAUGGACAAACAUCUUCGUGUUCAUGAAAAUAAAUUUAGAUAUGAGUGCACAAGUUGUAAAAAAUUUUUCCGUGGCCCGAUUUCUUUUGAAAAUCAUAAUAAAAUUUAUCAUAAUUUGUAAUUUAUUGUUUUGAAUUUGAAAUUUAUUAACUGUUAUCAAUAUAAAAAUUUACAAGAUUGU